AUGUCUCCUGCUGGUUUGGUAAUGUCAAGUGAGACUAAUAGGGAGGAUGAUGAAAGCCAAUACCAGAAAGGAGUGAAGAAUUUAUGUGAACAUGGCAUUACUAAAGUACCUAACAAGUACGUUUUGCCUGUUUCUGAACGACCAAAUACAAUAUUUGAUCAUCAGCCCAACCUUAAUGUUAAUUUUAAUUUGCCCAUCAUCGAUUUCGCUGAAUUACAAGGCUCCAACCGGUCCCAAGUUCUCAAGUCCCUCGCUCACGCUUGUCAACAUUAUGGAUUCUUCCAGCUGGUGAAUCACAACAUUGCUGACGAUGUUCUAAGCAGUAUGAUGGAAGUGAGCAGAAGAUUUUUUGAGCUUCCAUUGGAGGAGAGAGAGAAGUACAUGUCUGCGGAUAUGGGGUCGCCUGUUCGAUAUGGGACUAGCUUUAACCAAAGCAAAGAUGGUGUCUUUUGUUGGAGAGACUUUUUGAAGUUAGUAUGUCAUCCCUUAUCAGAUGUCCUUCCUCAUUGGCCUUCUUCUCCCUUCCACUUCAGGGAAUUGGCGGUUACCUACGCGAAUCAGACCAAAUUUUUGUUUCUAAUGGUAAUGGAGGCCAUCCUAGAGAGCCUUGAGCUAACAACCACCAAGAACAAAACAGGGCAUGAUGAUGACAAGGAUGAUAAUAUUUUAGAAGAAUUCGAAGAUGGAAGUCAGCUAAUGGUGGUCAAUUGCUACCCGCCAUGCCCAGAACCAGACCUGACGCUAGGCAUACCGCCCCAUUCUGAUUAUGGGUUUCUCACACUUCUUCUCCAAGACGAGGUUGAGGGUUUGCAAAUACAGUUCCAAGAAAAAUGGGCCACGGUUGAACCAAUUCCUAAUGCUUUUGUCAUCAAUGUAGGCGAUCAUCUAGAGAUAUUUAGCAAUGGGAAGUACAAGAGUGUGUUACACAGAGUUGUAGUGAAUUCAAUGAAAUCUCGCAUUUCAGUGGCUUCUUUGCACAGUCUUCCUUUCAAGAGCAUGAUUCAGCCAUCGUCCAAACUCAUCAAUGGCGCGAAUCCAAGACGUUACAAGGACACGAAUUUUUCUGCAUUUCUUGAAUACAUUGCAUCUUGUGAACCCAAGAAGAAGAACUUCCUUGAGUCUAGGAAAUUGAAUUGA